UAGUGCGAAGUUAAGCUAACGUAACCAGGCUUAGUGAACGGAUGUGCAGUAACCAAGAACAAAUUCCACGUUAGCGUUUUUGUUAUUUAGACGUUUAUUGACACCGUGGAACUCAAAAUAUGACAGUAGCAGCACACACUUGCCUCAGGUAGUCUUUAAUUCGCGUUGGAGACGGAACUUGGUUGAUAGAUAUCUAGCUAGCUGCCUGCUAACAACAAUGGCGGACUGUAUGGUUUUUCACACUCAAAUAGCCUCCGUCAUGGAGAUGCUAGCAAAUGCAGCCGUGGCAGAGAUCUGUAAACUCGUAGACGACGACUAUGCAGUGUUUCGAUUGGAAAUAACUCAAAGCCAGAAAGAAAACAGGGGAUUGCGGAGGAAACUACAGCUCCUGGAACUGAAGGUGGCACGGGAGCGCGCAGAAAGGACAAUUAGAGAGCGCGUCCUCGCCAGUCGUCCCAAUAGUGUCAAGAUCCUCGACCGAUACAGAGGAAUUGCAAGAGGUGAAGGACAUCUCGCUGGAGGCCACAGGAGCUUUGUGAAGCCAGUGGGACACAAUACAUGGAGAGAUGACCAACCCAUAGCUAUAGGUGAAGAAAAUGGAACCUCAACCCAGGACGUUAUUGUGAUAGAGUCUGCAGAAGCUGCAGGUCCUGGGGUCAAGCUGGAGAGGUCUGAAGGAGAGGAGGACCCACAGCACAGCAGAGACAUCCAGUCUGGAGCAGUGGCUGGAGUGGCGCACCCUGUAGUCACGGAAGACCUCGCCACCGCUGCAGUGCCCCAGACCAGGACUGAACGCAGCAUCACGGAGGAGGAGGAGGGUCCAGAGGUGCUGCUGGUGAAGGAGGAGGGCUGUGAGGAGGGUCUGGGGAACCCUGAGGGGACCAUGAUCAUAGGAGACAACCAGACUACACCUCCUGAACCCACAGAGGAACCAGCUGAGCAGCACAGGACCACACACAGUCUCACUGAGUCAGUAGACAUGGAGGAUGGGAAGCCUGAUCUGCUGCUAGUCAAAGAGGAGACGAUAGAAGACGGACCAGAGAGCAUUGACCUGCUGAGUGGACUAAAGAUGGGGGAGCAAGGUUGUUGGCUGGAGGAUAACAGAGGAAAAUGGGCGGCCAUCAUGGAUUCCCAGACCCAGACCGGUGCAGCCAAGGGCCCAGUGGACAACAUCACCAAGCAGGCCAGGACCAGAGGUGACAUAGUGGAGUCUGCAGUCCAUGAGGACCUGCUGAUAUCUGGUGUUGCUGGCGGGAGAGACUGGACCUCUGAAACAGAUGGUCACAAACCUUGGCUCCGGAUCAGGACACUGGAUCAGGAGCCUUCGCUCUUACUUCCUGAGUUGGAACCAGGAUCGAACCACGAGGAACAGAGACUCCACCACCACACAGAACACAACCAGUGGACAAGUAGACUGAACCACCUCAGUCCUGGUGGUCAUCAGAGAGACAGAGGCUCCAGUCAGGGAUCCAGUCUGCAGCCCAGACCCUUCUCUUUACAGUCUCAGUGCAGGGAUGAAGCAGGGCCUGGGGAUGAUAGAGAUAGACCCUCCUGUUCCUAUGAUACAAACACCACAGUAUCCAUGAUGAACAGAGCAGGUCACCCUGGGCUUCAGCCUUCACAGAGAGUAGUGGGAGACCACCCUGGUGGUAGUCUAUCAGCAAGUCUGUCUUCUCCUUCAGAGUCUCGUCUAAUGCCUGGUGACUGGGUUCAUAGAAAGCCUGGACCUGGGUCUAGCCUUCCUCAGUUACCUCAUGGUUACCCCACCAAUACAGACAGGGUCAGGAUGGGCGUUCACCACGAGAGGUACCUUGCCUACAACACAGCAAAUCCCAACAACACCCAAACAAUGGCUAGAGGUCAAGGAGGGAGCUCAAAUACCCCUGUUUCUACCUUCUCAGGUGUCAUUGGGUCACAACGUGGGAGGCCGAGCGUUAGGACCGAUGCCAACAAGCCGUACGCCUGCCCCACGUGUGGGAAGUGCUUCGCUGAAGCGUAUUAUGUGAAGAUGCACCAGACUGUUCACACCAAGGAGAGACCCUUCAAGUGUAAACUAUGUUACAAGAGCUUCUCCUUCCUGAGUAACCUUAUCAGACAUAGGAGUGUUCACAACGGGGAGAAAUCGUAGCAGUGUGGCUUGAGAUGUAAACAGUGGCUAUCUGGGAACCAUUCUUUAGCUGACAUAUUAUAGUAAGAGGGUAAUCAACCACAUACCCUUCAUUAACUUUUCAUUUGAAACAGGCUUGUUUUUAGAGAAGUCGUAUUAUUUUCUAUUCUAUUUUCUAUUCUGUUCUUGCUAACACCGCUCUUUCUUUCUCUCUGCUUGAAAGAUACUGAUCAUAGGAGAUCUGAUGUGUAAUGUCAUAAGAAGUAUUUGAAAGAACAGCGAGCAUACCCUUUUCAUUUAACCACACCCUUUGAGGUAUGACGCAAACCUAUAAGAUCGGUAGGUGAAAACCGGAAGAGAUGACUCUGGCACAAUGUCGGAAACUGAUGUUUUGUUUGAAACUGCUGGCGAGUGAAGAUGACAGUGAGAAUGAGUGGGUUUCACUGGCAAAAAAGAAAGGAAACAAGAGAAGUAAAAUUGUGAUGUAAAAUAGGAAACUGGUUUUUGGUCGAGGUGAAGGUGAAGGUUUUGGACCAAUGGAACCUGGGAGAUCCGUUUGAAGUCUCCAUAAAUGUCAUGGAUGUGUUGGGUGUCAGUGAGUCAGAAGAAGUGGGCUUAUUUCGAUUUUUUGGUGUGUGUCGAGACAUGAUCAGGUGUCUCGGUCAAUGAGAGAACACUUGAAAUAGGCAAGAUGGCGGCGUACACAUUGUUGGAUUACUUCAUGGAGCGCAAAAAAAGUAUUUAUUUUAAUAACAGAUCAUUUUCAUCUGAAUUCAAACGGACCCCUUGCAACUGCACACAAGACAUUUUAUGGGACUCCUGUUUCCACGAAUCGAGGACGAAGGCAAUAUCACCAAACUAAAGUUGGUCGAAAAUGAUCUGUGCUACACCAAACAGUACUUAUCCUGUAACACCCAUUAAUGGAUACCAAAAGUUUUGGGAUAAAUCACAUCUGGUGUAACAAUCUGUAGCUUAGGCAGUACAAGGAAUCCUGUACCCUGAACCUGUGUAGGGAUUUGAUUUGGAUUGGACUGUGAGUGACUGAAGAAGUGGGAUGGUUUUGAUUGAUCUAUAUUGCUAUUUAGUGUAUUGUCGUUUCUACCCCCCCUCCUUCUUUCCCGCAAUAGCUUCUAGAGGGUUCACACAGGGGGAAAACCCUAAAGUUGCCACCAGCACCACCUUUAGAUGUACCUGAAGGUCCACAUGGGAGAGAGACUGUAAGCCUGUACGCACUGCAGGAAGAGGUUCUCAGAGAGGAGCUACCUCAGGAUACACCAGCAGAAAAAUCAUCCCACUCUAUAUCGUAGAAAGUCACCAUUCCACUCGAUAGCUUCUGACGUUUAGAUCAAACUCUUCAUUAAAGACAAAGAUUCAUUUUCGUUGUUGUCAGCAGAAAAUAUCAUUUGGUAUAAUAAGAGUAACAGAUUUCAGUGUUGAACAUUUCUGGGUAGGAUAUUGCAUCCAGACACUUAUUGUGUUUGUACUGUGUAGGCUGAAUGAUGUUCACAAAUUCAUUUUUACUACUUCCAUUCAACUACUUAAUUUUUUCCAAAAGACACUUUUAAUGAGAAAAUGAACGCAGUUUAUCAAGUUCAUGCAGUUGUUUUGUUUAGACUCGUGGAUGUGUGGUUCUAUUGCCAAUACUCGUUUCAAUGUGUCACUAUGGGAUUUGCUCGGGGGUGGAUUAUUUGUUUGAAAUCUCCAAUCACACAGCAUUUGUUGGAGACAGAGAAGUCGAGUGGCGCCCACUGGUCAACAAGAAUUAUCCCUCACCUUGGUAGCCCCUCGAUGACCAGGGAAACUCUGGUUAGCGGAGAUCAGUCUCCUGCUUUACAUCGAGCCCUGGCAACUACUGUUACGCAGGGAUCUUUUGACCCAGGCGAACUGAGAGAUUUUCCACCCUCACCCAGAAACCAUGGCCCUCUGGGCCUGGCCUGUGAGAGGGUACAUCUGAAUGUGACAGGCUUGCCUCUCUGAGUCAUUGAGGCUAUCCAGAAUGCAAGAGCCCCUUCUACACGUUCACUGUAUGGAAACAAAUUAUGCGUUUUUGAUGAAUUGGUGAGACCAAAAACAGAUUAUUCCUUACCAAUGCUCUGUAUCCGAGGUUUUAUGCUUCUCGCAGGACUUUUUGGACAUAGACCUUGACAGUGGAGAACGCCUUCCCUAUCUAGCCACUAUCUCGGGCCGUGUCAUAUAGGCUUCGACAACAACACAGUAGGAAACACCCUCUGUUGUGUUGUUUCAUGAAGGGAGCUCGUCGCUUAUGCCCAGUCUCCAAGCCUUCAGCCCCGUCUUGGGGUCUGUCUUUUGUGCUUGAGGCGAUUUCACAGCAACCUUUUGAGCCGACUUGAAAACUUAGUUGAAAAAUCUCUCCUUCAAGAUGGCUUUGCUGAUUGCCCUUACAUCCGAGCAUUGUCAGUCCACCAUUCGUGCCUACAGUUUGCCCCGGGGUUAUCCAAGGUAACAUUGUUACCCAACCCUGCCUUUAUGCCGAAGGUCAGCAGCAAUUACAAUUGUCUCGCCCUGGAGCUUAUGGCUUUCCGCCCGCCACCCUUCACUUAUAUGGAAGAAGAGCAGCUCCACCGUUUAUGUCCAGUACGUGCUUUAUGCAUCUACUUAGAUAGAACGAGAGCAUGGAAUAAGAGUGACCAACUCUUCAUCUUGGGCAUCCCCCUGUAAGUGCUGAUCUAGAAUCAGAUUUGCCUUUUAAAUCAUAAUGAAUAAGACUAUUUAGACAGGUGUGGACCUGAUCCUCGAUCAGCACUCCUACUUGGACUCUUUGUGGAUACAGGCCAGGGUCUUCAAUCAUUUUAAGUGUGGGACCACACCUUUGAAUUAUCAAACCAUUUAAAGUGUCAAGUAAUCAAAUCGACUUACAUGUUUGCAUAGUAUCAAAUGAACGAAGACGUUUUGCAUAGUAUCAAAUCAACUAACAUGAUGUUCUCAGAGGGGAGUUACCUCAGGACACACCAGCAGAAAAUGCACACGGCCCAUGUAUAGAGUGAUAUGUAGUACUAGUUUGUUUAUUUGUAGUUCAUUCUGGUGGAUUUGGAUGUGGUAGGGAACUGGAAGAGGUGAACUGAGGAAAUAAUGAGUAUGAUGAGGCAGAGUAGAUGAUAUGGUGAUGGUUGGUGUGAUGGUGUCUGUACAAAUGCUUCACUAAUGAAGAGUGACAACUGUGUCCCUUUUGGUUGAGACUGGUGUUUUAUAGUGAGAUAAUGAUAGUGCCUUAAUUCAUGUUUACUUGACAUGAAGUAGUGAAGCUGUGUGUAAUGUAAUGUUGAACCUUUUCCAAAGUAUUCAAAAAGGAAUUCUAUCAAAGUGAGGGUACCAGAUUUACAGAAAAGGUAGUGUUACCAUAGUGUCACGUAUCGGUUUGUGCAAUAAAAGUACUGUACUUCAUGUUAUGUGAGUGUAUGACCAUUUUGUCUAAAUUAAAUCCAAAAUUGACUCU